AUGGCUUCCUCAGCUGCAAAGACUGUGCUUAUUGUGUACGCUCACCAGAGUGCUGGAUCUUUCAAUGCAGCUGCCAAAGAUGCUACUGUGGAUGUGCUAGAGAAACAGGGCUGCAAAGUGCUUGUGUCUGACCUGUACGCAAUGGCGUUCGAGGCCACAGCAACUGAGAAGGAUAUCACUGGAUCUGUGAAGAAUCCGGAGCAUUUCUGUUAUGGAGAGGAGACCAUGUUGGCCUGGCAGGAGGGACAACUAGCUUCUGAUAUUGUUGAGGAGCAUAAGAAACUCCAAGAAGCUGAACUUGUUGUUUUUCAGUUCCCCAUGUACUGGUUCUCUGUUCCUGCCAUCAUGAAGGGUUGGAUGGAUCGGGUUCUUACACUUGGUUUUGCCUACACUCCAGAAAAGCGCUACAGUCAGGGCAUCUUCAGGGAUAAGAAGGCCAUGUUGUCCUUCACCACUGGUUCUCAUGAGUCCAUGUUCAGCCCUAAUGGGAUCAACGGAGAUAUGAAUGUUACACUGUGGCCAAUUCAGAAUGGUGUCCUCUACUACUGCGGUUUCCAGGUCCUAGCACCACAAAUCUUUUGGGCACCCAAGCACCUCUCUUCUGAGGGCCGUGAGAAGCUGUUGGAAAGCUGGCGUACUCGUCUUCCGGGUCUGCUAAGUGAGACUCCACUUGCCUUCCCAACUGCAGAUAGCUUUGAUGCAGGGAAAGGCUACCAGUUGAAGCCUGACAUCAAGAAGCUGCAGGCCGAGUCUCCCUUUGGGCUCACUGUGGGUCACCACAUGGAGAAACCUCUGCCACCCCACAACCAGAUGAAAGCUGGAGUGUGA